GACGCUGUGAAGCAGGAGGCACUUGGGAUCGUCCGCAGGAUUGGGACUGCUACAGAGGCCGCCACGGAGCCCGCCGGAGCCACCGUUCCUGCUGCUGCUGCCGCCGCCGCCCGAAUCGGAACUGUCGGGCCGCAGCCGCCGGCAAUGCCGCGAAGGAAGUGUUAACACAAACCCACCGAGUAAAUGCUUCUGUGCUAACAUCUGGAUCUAUGGUGUUACAGAGGAAUGCAGGCAGUAGUUCAGAUGGAACGGAAGAUUCCGAUUUUUCUACAGAUCUCGAGCACACAGACAGUUCCGAGAGUGACGGCACGUCCCGGCGGUCUGCCCGUGUCACCCGCUCCUCAGCCCGGCUGAGCCAGAGUUCCCAAGAUUCCAGCCCUGUUCGAAAUUUGCAAUCUUUUGGCACCGAGGAGCCUGCUUAUUCUACCAGAAGAGUGACCCGUAGUCAGCAGCAGCCUACCCCAGUGACUCCAAAAAAGUACCCUCUUCGGCAGACUCGUUCAUCUGGCUCAGAAACUGAGCAAGUGGUUGACUUUUCAGAUCGAGAGACUAAAAAUACAGCUGAUCAGGAUGAGUCUCCACCGCGAACCCCAACUGGAAACGCACCUUCUUCUGAGUCGGACAUAGACAUCUCCAGCCCUAACGUGUCUCAUGAUGAGAGCAUGGCCAAGGACAUGUCCCUGAAGGACUCGGGCAGCGAUCUGUCUCAUCGCCCCAAGCGUCGUCGCUUCCAUGAAAGCUACAAUUUCAAUAUGAAGUGUCCCACUCCAGGCUGUAACUCCCUAGGACACCUCACAGGAAAACAUGAGCGACAUUUCUCCAUCUCAGGAUGCCCGCUCUAUCAUAACCUGUCAGCUGAUGAAUGCAAGGUGAGAGCACAGAGCCGGGAUAAGCAGAUAGAAGAAAGAACGCUGUCCCACAGGCAAGAUGACAACAACAGGCAUGCAACCAGGCACCAGGCGCCAACCGAGAGGCAGCUGCGGUAUAAGGAGAAGGUGGCCGAACUCAGGAAGAAGAGGAAUUCCGGGCUGAGCAAAGAGCAGAAAGAGAAAUACAUGGAACACAGACAGACCUAUGGGAAUACUCGGGAACCUCUCUUGGAGAACCUGACUAGCGAGUAUGACUUGGAUCUUUUCCGAAGAGCACAAGCCCGGGCUUCAGAGGAUUUGGAGAAGUUAAGGCUGCAAGGCCAGAUCACAGAGGGGAGCAACAUGAUUAAAACAAUUGCUUUUGGUCGUUAUGAGCUCGACACUUGGUACCAUUCUCCCUAUCCUGAAGAGUACGCACGCCUGGGACGUCUGUACAUGUGCGAAUUCUGUUUAAAAUACAUGAAGAGCCAAACGAUCCUCCGCCGACACAUGGCUAAAUGUGUGUGGAAACACCCGCCCGGCGAUGAAAUCUACCGCAAAGGCCCCAUCUCCGUUUUCGAAGUGGAUGGCAAGAAAAACAAGAUCUACUGCCAAAACCUGUGCCUGCUGGCCAAGCUUUUUCUGGACCACAAGACGCUGUAUUACGACGUGGAGCCCUUCCUGUUCUAUGUCAUGACCGAGGCGGACAACACCGGUUGCCACCUGAUUGGAUACUUUUCCAAGGAAAAGAACUCGUUCCUCAACUACAACGUGUCCUGUAUCCUUACCAUGCCUCAGUACAUGCGACAGGGUUAUGGCAAGAUGCUCAUUGAUUUCAGUUACCUGCUUUCCAAAGUGGAAGAAAAGGUUGGCUCCCCGGAACGUCCUCUCUCUGACCUGGGGCUCAUAAGCUAUCGCAGUUACUGGAAAGAAGUGCUUCUCCGUUACCUGCAUAAUUUCCAAGGCAAAGAGAUCUCUAUCAAAGAAAUUAGCCAGGAGACAGCUGUGAAUCCUGUGGACAUUGUCAGCACUCUGCAGGCCCUUCAGAUGCUCAAGUACUGGAAAGGAAAACACCUAGUUUUAAAGAGACAGGACCUGAUCGACGAGUGGAUAGCCAAAGAGGCCAAAAGAUCUAACUCCAAUAAAACCAUGGAUCCAAGCUGUUUAAAAUGGACCCCUCCCAAGGGCACUUAAAGUGACCUGUUACUCUGAGCCAGUGAACCCCAGCAGUAGGAAUCCAUACCCUAGGGAUCUGUCUGUCAUUUCUGUUGCUCUCGUGAUUGGCAAGUACAGUAUCCUCUGGGAAGGCCCCACCCCCACCCCCCCUCAGGACUGUCCUGGCUCCGAGCCCCGCGUGCACUGCAGACGCUGGUUCUGAGGAACUGCUGUUUCGGCCUCAGUGAGGUUGCCCGGAUGGGAUCUCCCGUAGACGUGAGCGCAGAUCCCCCGUAGCACUGACCCAAGGUGUUGUGUUCGGUACUGUACCUGUCCAGUCACUGGUUCUCGUGCCCUCCCGCCCCGUGAGGCUGUGUGGUGUCUUCUGAACUUUGUAAUAGUGCUUCUCGCCACCCGGUCACCAGACUUCCAGAUAAUGGUGGCCGCCGCCACGACCUUUCCAGUUACUCCUUCCGCGUGGGGUUUGUUUUUGUUUUUGUUUUUGUUUUCCCUUUUUCUUGGAAGAGCAGGGAAGAGGUGACACUUGUGAGUGUGCGCGAGCCGAGAGGGGUCCGAUCCCUUUGGACUUUAUCUCACCUGGCAUUUUGCCCGCCCUUUUUAUCCAGGGGCCUGUUUUUGAUCAGCUUCCAGCUGAUCGGGCACAAGUGUGUUUUUUUUGACGCUCCCAGGGAUUCAUCUUGGUAACAGCCCGAGAUUUAUGUGAAUGAAAUGGAGAGAAGGACUGUGAGGCGGUGGUUCUGUCCUUCCGAGUUCGCGGGCGGGGCUGAUUCCGGGUGGAAGGAACCGAGUACUUCUCGUACUUCUCGUGGCCUCCCAGGCCUCAGUGUUUGCCCCUCACACGGCUCCCCGCCCCGUGUCACUUACAUCUGCAGGUGCCAAACGCUGUCUGGUUCUCACUUUCCCUGCUGCACGCUGCCUGGGUCAUCAGGCUUCCCAGACCUUCCCCUGGGAGCGGCCAGUCCGCUCUGGCACACCGCCCCCCAGCCCAACAGCCCUGGGGAAGUAGGAAGUGAUUGCAAAUGAGACCCGGUCUCCGCCCAGCCCGCGGCCCAGCAGGGCAGCGGCCAACCCCCCCCCCCCCCCCCCCCCCCAGCAUUUGCACCUCCUCUCCGGUGCCUCCCCCUCCCUCCUGAACUGAAGUGCUCGUGCCCUUCCGAGAACUCCAUCUCCUUUUUGGGAUCUGCCACCAUCCCCCGCCCCCCAGCCUCUGGUCUCCUAUUUUUGGUUUCAAGCAAGGGAAGAGAUGCUCCCUCUAAUUUCCCUCCAACCCAUUAUAACCUGCUAUCUUGGGGCAGCUUUUGAUGUAGGACGUGCCACCCUCCCCACCGCGGUCUCCUCCGGCACCGCUGUCCCUGUGCGGAGCCCUCCCCCAGCCCCGACUCCGGUCAUUCGUGCCUUUCUCCUGUCCUCUCUGUACACUGCUUACACUCACUGUGGCCCGGGGGCAGUCGUUCUACGCAUGUUCGUGGCAGCUCCCUGCCAGUUUCAGUUCACUGUUUAUUCAAAAGCAACUUCACUGGGGGUUUUCUUAAGGGGUAAAGGCCUUUUACCGAAGCUGACCCUUCCCCACACGUGGUAGAAUGUGCUGUUCUGUAUCUACUCCUCAAUAAAGCAUGUUCUCUGCUCAA